AUGUUGGCUGCGGAGAAGGAACCUCACGUGGCCUUCCUCCAUAGCCCCGGCCUCGGCCACAUAAUCCCCCUCUUCCAGUUCGCGAAGCACCUCGUCCUUCACCACCAAGUCCGUGUCAGUUUCCUUGUGAUCACCACCGGAGCCUCCGCCGCUCAGAACCACUUCCUCCAGUCUGAAACCAUCCCACCUCAACUCCAAGUCAUUAACAUUCCACAAACUGACAUGACCGACAUCAUCACUGAUGACAUGCUUUUAUUGACUAAACUAUGUGUCAUGACUGAAGAAUCCCUCAAACCUUUGAAAUCCAUUUUAGUUGAAUUAAAACCUAAAGCUCUCAUCAUUGACAUAUUUACCACUCAAGCCAUUGAUGUUUGUGAAGAACUAUCCAUUCCUGUUUACUCGUUUUUCACUGCUUCACCUAUUUUACUUGCAUUUUCAUUGUAUCUCCCCACACUGGAUUCCCAAGUAGAGGGCGAAUUCGUGGAUCUUCCCGGGCCAGUUGAGGUCCCAGGUUGCCCCCCAAUUCGCACAAACAACCUUCUUGAUCAGGUGAAAAACAGAAAGAAUGAAGAAUACAGAUGGUAUUUGUUUCACGCAAGUAGGAUAUCCCUGGUCGCAGGCAUUUUCGCAAACACCUGGCAGGAUCUUGAACCUGUUACACUCGAAGCAUUGAAAGAAAAUCCAUUUUUCAAAGAAAUUUCAACUCCUCCAGUUUAUACAAUAGGGCCCUUGAUCAAAAAUGAUGAAUUUUUAACAGAAAAGGAUGCAAAAAUCAUAGCCUGGCUGGAUAAUCAACCAACUGAUUCAGUUCUAUUCAUCAACCUUGGGAGUGGUGGAACAUUAUCGAGUAAGCAGCUCACUGAAUUAGCAUGGGGUCUACAAAUGAGCCAGCAGCGGUUCAUUUUGGUGGUGCGUAAGCCAACCGACGCCAGUGCCAGUGGCGCGUAUUUCAGUGCUGGAAACGAUGAGAAUGACCCAUCAGCUUAUUUGCCUGAUGGGUUUGUUGAAAAGACUCAAGAGCUUGGGCUAGUUAUACCCUCAUGGGCUCCGCAAGUGGCGGUGCUCCGCCAUGAGUCCACGCGAGCAUUCUUGUCACAUUGCGGAUGGAAUUCGACAUUGGAGAGUUUAGUCCAUGGAGUGCCUAUGAUUGCAUGGCCACUUUACGCGGAGCAAAGAAUGAAUGCUGCCUUACUGACAGAGGAGGUCGGCGUGGCGAUGAAGCUGGUGGUAGAGCCGGAGCCGGAAGUGAUCGGGAGAGAGAAGGUUGAGAGGGCGGUUAGGGCGAUGAUGGAAGGGGAAGAAUGCAAGGCCAUAAGGUGUAAAGCUAGAGAGUUGAAAGAAAGUGCGUGCAAAAUAUUAGAUAAGGGUGGAUUUUCUUAUGAUUUAAUAUGUCGUGUAGUUGACACUUGGAAAUCAUAG